AUGGGUAGCAGCUGUCGCAGGUGCAAAUUGCGGGCUGAAAAUGCCUACAAGAAUCUAGACGAUCAUCAAAAGUACUUCUUGAUGCCCAUGAAGGCUGACUUUCAGCAAGCAAUGACUGUUCCAGUAGGAUUUGUUAAACGCUUCAAGGGGGAGUUUCCAGGGGAGAUCAAAUUAGAAACACGCAAUGGAGAAAGUUAUUGCGUUGGAGUUGUCAAGCAACCAGAUAAAGUAUCCUUCUCAUCAGGAUGGGGAGUAUUCGUUAAAACCUAUGAUCUACACACGGAUGACUCCCUGGUAUUCAAGUACAAUGGAAAUUCUUGGUUUAAUGUCGUAAUAUUAUCUCGAUUUGGAUAUGAGAAAGCAACAUCAGUUGUUGUGAAUGAUGAAUCUGUGCCUCUUCAUGUACAAAGAAGUAGCAGAGAUGUUAUGGAAUCUGUGAAUCCUGAAACUGAAACCAUGCAAAUGAGAUCACCACCAAGGGAACGAGAUAGCCAAAGGUAUGAAGCAAAGUUAAGCAUUGGUGCUGUGGCGAGGCUCACACAAGGUGGCUGGAGACGCUUUGCGAAGGCCAAUGACGUUGAUGUAGGUGAUAUCUGCGUGUUUGAAAUGUUGAAGGGCGGGGAGACAUGCACGAUGAACGUCCAUAUCAUACGGUCGUUUGAGGUUGCUGACUGA